GGCCCGGCGACCACUUCUCGCCGCCUUCACUUUCUCCCGGCGGGGCUCGCCGCCGCUGCGCCUGGAGCUUGUUGGUGCAGAACUACUGAGUAAAGCAGGCCUUGCUUGAGCUGUCAUCAAGUUCGCAAUCAGAUUGGAAAAGUUGAAGCUUCCUGCCUGCAGUGAGGUGGAGAGAUAAGUUUUGCUCACAGAGGAGAAGACAUGGCCUUCAAAGUGACUUUUCACUUUUCCUAUAAAUUCCGGUUACUGUUGCUUUUUACCUUAGGCAUGAUGGUGGUUGGGUGGGCCACUAGUAACUACAUUGUGGGUGCUAUUCAAGAGAUUCCUAAAGCAAAGGAUUUCAUGGCUAACUUCAACAAGGCCAUAAUUUGGGGGACGGAAGGAACUGUGACAGAGGAAGCACCCAAGACAAAAGCAAACCUGGAGAGCUGCCCUUCUCCGUCUCCAUACCUCAAAGGUCAGAACAAGCUCAUUUUCAAGCCAGAUCUCACACUGGAAGAUGUGCAGGCAGAAAAUACCAAAGUGCACAGAGGCCGCUAUCACCCUGAGGACUGUAAGGCUGCACAGCGGGUUGCCAUCCUCAUUCCACACCGGAACAGAGAGAAGCACCUGCUGUAUCUGCUGGAACAUCUCCAUCCCUUCCUGCAGAGGCAGCAGCUGGACUAUGGCAUCUACAUUAUCAACCAAGCUGGAAGUAAAAAGUUUAAUCGAGCCAAGCUCUUAAAUGUGGGCUAUCUAGAAGCUCUUAAGGAUGAAAAUUGGGACUGCUUCAUAUUCCACGAUGUGGACCUGGUGCCCGAGAACGACUUUAACCUUUACACGUGUGAGGAUCAGCCCAAGCAUCUGGUAGUUGGCAGGAACAGCACUGGCUACAGGUUACGUUACAGUGGAUAUUUUGGGGGUGUUACUGCCCUAAGCAGAGAGCAAUUUUUCAAGGUGAAUGGAUUCUCUAACAACUACUGGGGAUGGGGAGGCGAAGACGAUGACCUCAGACUCAGGGUUGAACUUCAGAGAAUGAAAAUAACCCGGCCAUUGCCUGAAGUGGGUAAAUACACAAUGAUCUUCCACACUAGAGACAGAGGCAACGAGGUGAAUAAAGAUAGGAUGAAGCUCUUACAUCAGGUGUCAAAAGUGUGGAGAACAGAUGGGUUGUCAAGUUGUAUUUAUAAGCUACUCUCUGUAGAUUACAAUCCUCUCUAUAUUAACCUCACAGUGGAUUUCUGGUCGGACCCAUGACCCUGAAUCUGGUGACGUUCAGAAGAACUGAAUAUUUGAUUGCAAUAAUUUUGACCCAGAGACUUCCUUUGAUCGUUCACAUUAAGAACUUGUUGGAGCUAAUUAUUCAGCUGAAUUUUUCCUUUUUGUAUUUUCGUAGCAGAGUUCUUGGUGAUAUGGAAUGUAAACACAAUUGUAACAAGACUGCUUUCUCAGUUGUUUUGAUCAUGGGGAUUAAAUAUUGUGAUGUAAAUACUUGAAGGACUAAGUGUAAAAGGACUACUCAAAGGAUAUGUGAAGGCUGCUUGAGAAAAAAGCCAAGGGAAAUAAAGUAGCUGAAUGCUCCCAGAGAACCAGAAUUAUUCUACUCCCAGGUAGAAAGGUACGAACACACAUUUCUGUGAUUUAUUCUGCAUGAUCACCUGUGAAGAGAUGAAAAGAAGGUCACAGAAGAGGGGAGAAAGGUGAAGAAUCAAGAUGCAGUGACCUUGGAGAUAAAGAGGAGACAGAGGCCCGGGUCAGACGAAGAGGCCGCUGCAGUUACGCUGGCGGCUGCUGCUCCUGCUGUGACUGGGGUGUCCCCUGCCCAGAGGUGCCUUCCAGGACCAGCCCAGCAGAGAAUCUACUAGUUUUUUAAGCAUUUUUGUAAAACGAUUUUGUAUAUGUAGGGUAUGGUGUCGCUGUUUACAAAUCACAAAACAAUAAUAGUAAAAGAUGAAAAAG